GUGAAGGUGAGAAACGCCGUGGUUUCUAAAUAAGCUGUUAGCUGGAAAACAAAUAUGACAUAUUAUAAAAUUGAUAUUGUUAAGUCUGUGAGAUGCUUGAGUCAUGUCUAGCAGUAAGGAGCAGGCCUCCAUCAGACAGGUGAUGUGUUUCCUUCAUGAAUGGGAUCAGGGAGGUAAGACAGUGCGCAGUCGAAUGCUAAGUGACUUUCUGGCCAAGAACACUGGAAAGACAUGUCCUGAACUGGAACUUGAGUUUGCACAAGUUGCCAGCCUGUUCCUUGCUCGGCUCACUGCCUGGAUAAGACUAACCUAUAUGUUUGGAACUUGUCUAGAUCUUCAGCUGAGAGCAGUGGGGGUUUUCCUGUCUGCUAACAGCAGUCAUCAGUACAUGAUUGAGUUUCUGGAAGUGGGUGGAGUGCUUACCCUGCUUGAGAUUCUAGGACAAGACAAACUCAACGAAGGGCAUAAAACCGAGGCUCUUCGCUUGCUCCAGAUCAUCGCCAACACGGGGCAGAAAUAUAAAGAGCUUAUCUGUGAAAGCUAUGGUGUGAAGGCCGUAGCUGAAUGUUUGGCCAAAUCGGAGACAGAGGGGACUCAGGAGACCGCCGCAGCCCUGCUAGAAUCUUUGGCCCAUGGAAACCCCAAAUACCAGAAUCAGGUGUACAAGGGCCUGAUCGCCCUGCUGACCUGCACCUCACCAAGAGCACAGCAGCUUGUUAUACAGAUCCUACGAAUAGUUCAGCCCAUUGUAAAAACAGCACUUCACAGCAUAAUAGAACCCUUAUUGAAUCUGCUGAGGUCCCUGCAUCUAGAAGUGCAAUAUGAAGCUAUAGAACUGAUAACAGAGCUUAUGCAAUCAGAGGUUAGACUGGCUCUGCUCAGGGGUCUGGUGGCUUUUCUCAAACCAACUAAAGAAAGAAAUCCCAAACACAAGAUCCUGGAGGAUCCGGAGGUGGCCAAAAUGACUGAUUCACUCCCUGUGCUUCUCCAGCAAGCAGCUUCUGCAAAAACCAUCAGGAUUCUGGCACAGAGAAGUGAAGAGAUAUCCAAAGAAUUGCUCUCUCUCAGAGUGAUCCAUCACUUACUGUACGCAAUGGGGAACCAGGAACAUGCAGAUUCCCAGAGACAAGCCAGCCUGGCUUUGGAGCAUUUUGUGCGCAUGUAUCCAGUGGUGGAGGAUCAUGUAUGCAGAGCUAUGGGCACCAGACUGUUUGAGUCUUUUAUGCACAAUGCCGAUGACCUACAUUUGAACAUGGAUGACAUUCAAGCUGACAUUUUACGCUCAAAUAAAGUGAACGUUUCAUGUGGUGAGUUGACAAAUCCAGAGAGACAUAGCUAGGUUGUAUGUUUUUGUCUUUCUUUGAAGGACACCACUGCUUGAUUGGCUUAUUGAACAUUAUUUUAUAUUAUAAUGUUAUUUUAUAUUAUAAUCCAUUUUCAAUUUAUUUUUCUACAGUGCUUGAGCAACAGAAUUCAGAUUCUUGAACACAGCUUGAAACUAUUUUUUUUCUUGUUGUUGAUGCCAUUCUUAAAUAAAUAAAAUAAUAAAAGUGAUUACAAAUAGCAGUCUUCUAUGGCCUAUUUUAGCGCUGUAGACUAGGCCUAGAGAGCUGAAAUCUGGCCAGAAGUUAGAGCUCAAAAUUCUGCAUGAUGAUACAUUGGGCAACUUUUUAAGCAAUUUUGCCAGGCAAUAUUAACAGUAAACCAGCUCAGACACAGGACCCAAGACUGACCCAAAUUAUCCACAUAGAAAUUUGUUACCCAUUUCAUUUUGACCAGCAAAAUUGCUCAAAAAUUGGCCCAGUGUAUCAUCAGCUUUAGAGAAGGUUAAAGGAGGCCAAUCAAAUUUGGCAGGCCUAUUUGGCCCUAGAGGUCUGUGAGAAAUCGGGGGUCACUAGGUGUAUUUAACGGGUUUUGCACCUAUUGCAAUCACGUGAUGUUUCGCGCUUAUGCACAAUGUUCAUAUCAUGUAAUAAAUCUCCUCAUUCUGAACAACUCAAAAACAACUUCUGUAAAACAAAUAGUUCAUUAUUCAAGAUUAUUUAAAAAACUUACUUUUGCAAACUACUCCUAGGUUUUUUACUCAACCUCGGCAAUACCACUGCGGUGCAUUUCUUUGGCCUCUCUAAGAGAAAGAAACAUGCACAGUGCCAAAGUUUACUCUAUUCUUCGCCUCGUUCAGCAGCUAUUUAUUUGCAUUUAUUUCAGAUUCAGAUUAAGAUAUGUUUGACACAAUAGAUUAACAUUUAAAAAGUAAUCUAAAAAUGGCCUUUAUGAUGCUCUUUCAAAGAAACUUUGCUCCUCUUCAUAGAAUGGAGAUUAUGUAAUGAUUAAAAAGCAGUGUGGAAAUACUCAAAUGUAACCCAGAUGUUUUAGCUUCUGUGUCCAACAAAUCAUUUUUUUCUUGAGAUGGUGUAUUACAGAAUUACCUUAGGGCCACCCUCCCAGACUGUUUUAGAUGUCUCUAAUUCAGACAUUAACAAGCUAAAUCAGAUUCCUGAUGAGAUAAUGAAGAGAUGAUUGAGUCAUUCAUGAUGAACACUUGCUGUUAACUACAUCAUAUAAAUAAAAGCAAUAAAAAUGAAUAAAAAUGUCAAUUGAAAAGUGCUAUCAAGCAGCCACAGUCUGCAUAUUCAGCUGCCUAAAGAUGCUUUGGUGGAUACAUGACCUUACAGUCCACACAAGUUUUAAAUAUUGUAGUAUAUAAAGUGUAUUACUAGGUUAAGGGGGAGCAGCUCUGAGCAGAAGAUCCACAGGCUGUAUGUAGAAAGCUGGUCAGAGUAAAACUGUAGAAUUGUAGUCAGAAUUCUAAGAGUGAUGUAAU